AUAAACAAACGGUCUAUUAUCCUCACCUUAUCUUCUUCCCAACUUCCACUACAAUUUCACACCCGAACAAUGCCGGAAACGAAAGAGGAGCUCCAACCGGAGGAGAACAACUCCAACGAAUACGACUCCGAAACUGAAGCCUCUCCGUCGGAAUCCUCUGACGAAUACCACUCCGAACCUGACGAACCUGAAUCCCCUCCGCCGGAAUACGACGACGACUUCGACAACUACAAUGAACCCAAAUCAGACUUCAAAGACGCUGAAGAAGAAGAAGAAUUGUACAAGCCGAUAAGAUUCGUCCGGGCCGACGGCACGAUCGGGGAGACCAGCUUGCGCGAACCCUUCACCGAUCUGAGCGCCGAGGCCAACUUCGCCCGCUGGAACCGGAUCCUCCAGUCGAAGGGCUAUCGCCAGCAUUUAGAGGAGGAGAAGGAAAAUGUUCCUGUUAUCGACAGAGAUGAAUACUUCAAUUUCCCCGAGGACCCAGAGAACUGGCAGGAGGAGGACGUGAGGGAGCUGUGGGCGGACCGCCCGAUGGGGAUGGUGAAGACCGGGUUUGACCCGCACAACGUGGACGAGGAGGAGGUCAAGAUCAUCCAGGAGGAGAUUAAGGCCGGGAGGAAACCGCGGAUUGCCCCCUUCUACGUGCCUUACAGGAAGCCCUACCCAGUGAUCCCCGAGAGGAAAGAGAAUUACAACGUUUACUCCCCCAAGACAGUUAUUGAGGAGCUGGACAGGAUAGAGGAGUUCCUGACCUGGCGGAGCUACAUUUUUGAAGACGGCAGCUCGUAUGAAGGCACCGUUUGGGAUGACUAUGCUCAUGGAAAAGGUGUUUUCGUUGCGGAGAACGGUCUGGUCAGGUAUGAAGGAGAAUGGCUGCAGAAUAAUAUGGAAGGUCAUGGUGUAGUUGAAGUGGACAUUCCCACCAUGGAGCCCAUUCCGGGUUCCAAGCUUGAAAAAAAGAUGCGAGCUGAAGGGAAAAUAAUAUCGAGAGACUUCUUGCCACCUGAAGAUAAAAAAUGGCUGGAGAUGGAUAUUGAAGACAGCAUGCUUUUAGCUGAUGGAGAAUUAGAGGUCCCCUUUUAUGAAAAAGAUGAUUGGAUCAGACUAUUUGGAAGGAAGCCGGAGAAAGGUCGUUACCGGUACGCUGGCCAAUGGAAACAUGGCAGAAUGCAUGGUUGUGGCGUAUAUGAAGUCAAUGAGAAAACUAUAUUUGGCCGAUUCUAUUUUGGUCUCCCUUUGGAUGAUCCAUCUGGCUGUGAUGCAGAAGCGUCGGGGCGUGUGUCACCUCAGCUGCAUGCAGGUAUAGCAGAGGUUGCAGCUGCGAAGGCCCGCAUGUUCGUCAACAAGCCUGAUGGAAUGGUCAGAGAAGAUAGAGGUCCAUAUUCUGAUCCCCAACAUCCUUACUUUUACGAAGAAGAAGAUGUGUGGAUGGCACCAGGCUUCAUUAAUCAAUUCUACGAGGUACCCGAUUAUUGGAAAACGUAUGUCGAUGAGGUGGACCAAGAGAGGCAGAUGUGGUUGAACUCGUUCUACAAAGCUCCACUUAGGCUGCCUAUGCCUUCUGAACUUGAAUACUGGUGGGAGAAAGGAGAUGAAGAACCUGAAUUCGUCCUGAUUAACAAAGAGCCCGAGCCCGACCCAGAAAACCCGUCACAGCUCAUAUACAGCGAGGACCCACUCAUCCUACACACUCCGACUGGCAUGAUCAUAAACCACAUAGAAGACGAGGAACACGGGAUAAGGCUCUUCUGGCAGCCCCCUCUGAAGGAGGGCGAAACCGUAAAUCCGGAUGAAGCCCGAUUCCUGCCUCUCGGUUUCGACGAGUUCUAUGGUCUCGAAGAGGUGAGGGAGCAGGAAAACCCAUGGCGCCGGUUUGUGACUUCGGUGGAGAAUAAGUGCAAGUCCUUUUUCGAGGGUAUGGAAAAACGGGCAGAGGAGAGGAAGAAAGUGGGAAUGGAGAGAAUGGAAUUGCUGAGAGAGAAGAUGGAGCUCGUGGAUGCUGAGUUUUCCCUCAAGGAGGCUGUAGAGGAUUUGGAUGAGGAGUUGAAGAGGAUGCAAAAGGAGGAGGAGAAAGGUGGUGGUUUGGAGUCGGAGAAGACUGUGGAUAGAGUUGAGGAAGAUGAGGAGGAAAAAGAAGAAGAAGAGGAAGAGGAAGAAGAAGAUGAUGAUGAUGAUGAUGAUGAUGAUGAUGAUGAGGAUGAUGAUGGAAAUGGUGUUAAUGCUUCGAGUUUCGGGUCGACUAAUGAUAAAAUCGCCAAAAACGGUGAUGAGAGAAGUAAAGGGAAGUCGGCGUUUGCGGCGGCAUCCCUGUCGUUCAGCAGCUCGAGCCUCAUGUCGUUGGUUCCUCCGAAGCUGCAAACUUCAUUUUUAAGCUGGAAAGAGGGAAUACUUAACAAGUCCACACCUUCUCAGUUACCACACGAGAGCCGGAAUUUUUGUACCGUUUCCUGUCCUCGUGCGAGUUGUAAAGUCAUGAAACUGAAAGUUGCAAGCCGAAGAUAUCCUGUCGAACCCAUAUCAAAACAUGGGUCGAGAAAGUACUCGAAAAGGAGAGAAUGUGAACGGGUAUUCGAGGAGCUAAAUGUAUUAUCACUGCACACUCCUCUAAUGAUGUAAGCUUUCUUCUUUUAUCAAGUUUUGUAGCGCUGGUGCGUGGAAAUACACUCUGCGAUUCUGUGUUUUGGACCCUUUUUUUUUUUUUUUUUUUU